GCGAAGUGGUGGUGGAUUUGAGAGUCAUUCGGACGCAAACAGUGCGCCGGUGAAGUGGUGAAAGCAUCUUAGUUUAUUGAAGUGAUAUACUUGACAAGGAUUACUGGCAGAAAAGAUGCGGUGGUUCACAAUCGUUUGUAUAUUCCUGCCAUUGAUAUUAGCCAACACGUCAGCAGAAUGGUCUUGGGGAGAAAAAUCAGAAGAUCAAAGCGAUGCUCUUAAAGAACAAAAAUCGAGCCAAUUAUUAGAAGGAGAGGAAAAGGCUCCAGAAGCGGAAGACAAAAACUUUGAUUCUAACAGCACUGUUCUUGAUGACAUAGUCGAUGAACUUGUCAGCAACAAACAAGGCAGGAGUUUAGGUGGUUUCGACGUAUACAGCGAUCCCUCGAUCAAGGAAGCCUUGGACGGUGGUGAUGACUCUGAAGCCAGAAACCUAAUUAAAGAACGUCUUUGCACAUUAGGACUCAUUGAAUGCGAAGAAGAUACACAGGAGAAGCGUUAUUUGUCACCCGACGAAGUUAUUUAUGCACAACCUGUUGACAUAAAACCAGUUGGUAAACCUAUCGCUUCAAUCCCAGUACGUGGACCGCCCAGAGCAUACGGACCACCGAAACCCAUGCCGUACCCUUCACGGCCACAGAAAAUUCCCCCUAAGAGAAUCGGCUACGGUAGUAAUUACAGACCAGGUUUUUCUGAUAAAUACGGCAGCAACUUCCAGUUUGCACAGGGUAAUGGUGCAUACAGCGGACAUGAUUCAAAUUACGUUACUAAGCCUCCUACGUAUGCUAAUGAAUCUCCAUACACAUUUGACAACUCCAAACCAAGCUACAACAAGGGUCCCCUUUCUCAAUCGUCUUCUAAAACCGAAACAGUCGUUCAACAACAUGUGCACCAUCACUAUGUCCAUGGCGAUGGAGACAAAGACCCAAAAGUCAUAAUUAAACCCGUUGCUAUUCCAGUAGGAUCUGUUGGUCAUUUGGGAUUGGGAUCUGCCGGUAACUUAGAAUCCCAGGGUAACUACGCUUCUCAAUCAUUUGGCCAACAAUCUUCUGAUAUUAUAACGGCAGGUGGAGCUGAUUUUAGUGGACUGAGUUCUGGUAGUUUUAAUUCUGGAGGAUUUAAACCAAUGACUGGUGGUUAUAUAGAAAACAAACCUAUUUAUGAAGCAGAUACUAUUUAUGGAUCCCAGUACGGCCAUGAAGGUUUUAAUAAAGGUAACGGUAAUCUUCAUGCGCAGUCGUUACCAAAACCCUACCCAAACAACGGUUUUGAAGAUCAAAAAUAUGGCAAUUCUUUGGGUGCCUACGGUACACAACAUUCUGAAUUUUACAAAAAGGAACUGAACGUCGGGUCAACAAAUAACUUGCAUAAUCAAGGACCGGCGACGUUCGGCCAAAAUAACUUAUAUCAAGAAAAUUAUCAUGACGCCAAGGCUCAAAGGUUUGAAUGUGUGUGUGUCAAUUACGAUCAAUGCCCCAGCCAGGAAAUAAUCGGCCGUAGAGAUGAUCUAUAUUUACCUAUUGAUCCUCGCAACAAAGGUAGUGAAAUCACUGCUCUUACUGAUGAACAACUAGACAACUUGACAAAAUCUUCAGAAGUGAAGUCAGAUGAUAAAAAUACGACAGAAACAGAAAUUAAGAAAAUUAGCAAACGCGACGCCAAGGACGAUAACGUUACGGAAGCCACUAAAGAAAUUGAACCGCGCCUCAUUGGAUUGGCCGGCUACGGCGGCAAUGGCGGCAAUAGCAACAAACAAGUGCAGCCUACGUUUGGUGUGUCUUUUGGGUUGCCCCAACCAUCCUAUAACGGUUAUCCUAUAAAUCCUUUCCACUCUAAUCCUAUUUACAACCCAUAUGGACCUGCUUUAAAUAGUGGUGGUCUAAAUUUAGGUUUGGUUUCUGUAAAUCCAUUAUUAUCAGUUCAAGUAACAAAAAAUGAUUACGGAGACAAAGUAAUUAAACCCUUCGUCAACUUACACGUAACGCCAAAUGAGCACGUCGUGAACAAAAUAGGUCACUUAUUCCAUGAAAAGAAACUUUAUUUGCUGAAUAAGCAUGAGCACUUUCAUCAUCAUAAUCCAUAUCAUUUUGACCACCAUCACAAACCAAUCCCACCACCUCACUUUGCACCGCCUCCUCACUAUCCCAUACACCACGGCCCACCAAUCUACUCUCCACAUUACACACAUUAUAGGCAUCCAGUGCAACCAUAUAAAGUUGCUCAUGCACCCGUUCACGAUGAUGAUUAUUAUGAUGACGAGGAUAAUAGUGGUCAUUAUGACGAUAAUGUAGACUAUAAUCAUUAUCCAGGGGCUUUUCACGGCCAUGGUUUUGAAAGAUCAGCAAAUAUUACAGCAACCGAUAGGCAGGCUAAUUAUGCAAAUCGAUACGAUUAUUCCCGAUCCUUACCCCUUCCUCAAAAUGGCUCUGGGGCAAACCGGGGAGGCAAAUCCAUACGAUUCCCAGACAACAGAAAGAAGAGAGAAAUUAGUACUAAAGCAAAUCCUAUAGACAUUAUUGAAGAGCGUCAGGGUUACUUCGGACAACCUUCAGUUCAACAAUGCAGACCUAACCAGGUCUGUUGCCGCAGACCUUUAAGGCCACAAGCUGGAAACAGAGGUCAAUGUGGUUUAAGACACUCCCAAGGUAUAAAUGGAAGGAUCAAGACCCCGUCAUACGUCGAUGGCGAAAGUGAAUUUGGGGAAUAUCCCUGGCAAGCAGCUAUUCUCAAAAAGGAUCCUAAAGAAUCAGUCUAUGUAUGUGGCGGAACGCUAAUCGAUGGUCUUCACAUCAUAACUGCUGCCCAUUGCAUCAAGUCAUACAAAGGAUUCGAAUUGAGAGUUCGUCUUGGAGAGUGGGAUGUUAACCGUGACGUUGAAUUCUAUCCUUACAUCGAAAGAGAUGUUAUUUCCGUACAUGUUCACCCGCUCUACUACGCUGGGACGUUGGACAACGACCUAGCCAUACUGAAACUGGAUCAUCCCGUUGAAUGGACCAAAUAUCCGCAUAUCAGCCCGGCUUGCCUUCCCGACAAAUACACUGACUACUCUGGACAGAGGUGUUGGACUACUGGCUGGGGCAAGGACGCAUUCGGCGACUUCGGAAAAUAUCAAAACAUCCUCAAAGAAGUCGACGUCCCCAUUCUUCCUCAUGGUCAAUGUCAACAACAAUUGAGACAAACUAGAUUGGGUUAUAACUACGAACUGAGUCAAGGCUUCCUUUGCGCUGGUGGCGAAGAAGGGAAGGAUGCGUGUAAGGGAGACGGUGGCGGUCCGUUGGUGUGCGAGCGAGGAGGCACGUGGCAGCUGGUGGGAGUGGUGUCGUGGGGCAUCGGCUGCGGCCAAGUUGGAGUACCCGGCGUCUAUGUGAAAGUUGCUCACUACCUGGACUGGAUCUCACAAGUGACUGGAAAGUUUGCGCCUUACUAACAGACAAUACAGGACUGAAUAUAAUAAUUACAUAUUAUAUUUAUUUUAAUGUAGACAUAUUUAAUAAGUAUUUAUAAUUUAUUAUGACAUUACUUUGGAUGGUAAUAUCCAGAGAUACCGAGUAAUUGCGUAUGCAGAUUUUGUAAAAAAUAAAUUCUGAAAUUAAA